ACUUACAUUCCGCACAAGGGACCUACUUUUGCAUGCCAAGCCACUAUUCCCCUCGCGAUACACUUGGCGGAGGAUAGGCGAAACCUCCCCUACUGCGAAGGAUGCCCUAUGCUUUUAAUUGAACUGAGACCCCGGAGGAAUCAACGUGGUGCGGAACGCGAGCCAAAACCGAGCGAGCAGGCACUGUACCUUGUCACAAGGACGAGUGAUUGGGAAAAGUGGCGCAGGUAAUGACUAGAGGUCUGGACAAACCGGCUCCCCCUCCAAUCUUGCCCCUCCCCUUGAACAUCUCAGAAAAAAACUCUGCCCCUCUGCAGAUCCUUCCGUAUCAUAUAUCAGGGCCACUUCUCCUCCUUCACCAAUUCAAGGAGAAACUCCCAAAAUCCAACAAUGACCCCCACACGAUUAAUUACCCGCGCAAUUCGUCGUCCUGGCCUGAUAGUACCCCCCUUCUGUCGGCCGGUACUCCUUCGCCUAAGUGGGCAGAGGUUCAGCGCUACCGAAUCUCAUAGGCAGAUUACUACGACCGCCACAACUGCUAACAGUCAAAAGAAAGAAGUCCGAUUAACCGCGGAAUCGUAAAUUCCCAUCCCUCCCCCUCCCAGUUCUGGCUAACGCAAUUUUAGAUACCCAAGCAUCGAACGUGACGCCCGGUUCGCAAAACUCACCUCCGAAGAUGUCGCCCACUUCCGCUCAAUCUGCCCAGUCCUUUCCGCCGAAUCGGAUGACCUUGAGGCCUUCAAUACGGACUGGAUGCGCAAGUACCGUGGCCAGACAAGAUUGGUCCUAAAACCAAAGUCCACCGCCAACGUUUCUGAAAUCCUCAAGUACUGCAAUUCCCGCUCACUCGCUGUGGUCCCUCAGGGCGGCAAUACGGGAUUGGUGGGAGGAUCGGUACCGAUUUACGACGAGAUCGUUGUCUCCAUGAACUCUAUGAGUAAUAUCCGCUCGUUCGACCCGGUUUCGGGGAUCCUAAUUUGCGAUGCUGGUGUUGUCUUGGAAACGGCGGAUAAUUACCUUGCUGGCCAGGGACACAUCUUCCCGCUGGAUCUUGGCGCUAAGGGUUCCUGUCAUGUCGCGGGAAAUGUUGCCACCAACGCUGGUGGUUUGAGGUUGUUGAGAUACGGAAGUUUGCACGGAACCGUCCUUGGUGUUGAAGCGGUCUUGCCAGAUGGGACAAUUAUGAACGAUCUGUCUACCCUCCGAAAGAACAACACAGGAUACGACCUUAAGCAGCUAUUCAUUGGCUCCGAAGGUACCCUUGGGAUUAUUACCGCGGUGUCGAUAAUAUGCCCUCCGAGACCUAAUGUGCAGAACGUGGCCUUCUUUGGUGUGAAUACCUUCGAAAAAGUGCUGGAAGCAUUCAUCCGGGCCAAGAGAGAGCUGGGAGAAAUCCUUUCAGCCUUCGAACUUAUGGACGGCACAAGUCAACGAUGCGUCGCACAGGUCACAGGAAAAACGAGGCCACUAGCGGGCGAGGAAACCAAAUUCUACGUCCUCGUAGAAACCAGCGGAAGCAACAAAGAGCACGACGACGACAAAAUCGAUAAAUUUCUUAUGGCCUUGAUAGAAGACGAAACCAUCGUCAACGGGGUCCUGGCGCAAGACGAGACACAACAACGCAAUCUGUGGUCAUGGAGAGAAGGUAUCCCAGAGGUCCUCGGCCACUGGGGUGGAGUAUACAAGUACGACGUUUCAAUCCCGCUAAAGGAGCUCUACUCGCUUGUGGAGGAUGUCAAGGCAAGGCUCAUCGAGCACGGAUUGCUGGGGGAGGACAAGACCGUGGUCGACGUUGUCGGAUUCGGCCACAUGGGAGAUGGCAAUCUUCACCUGAACAUACCCGUGAGGUCAUACGACAGUCGCGUCGAGCAAAUUCUUGAGCCAUUUGUUUAUGAGUGGAUACAGAAGAGGAAGGGCAGCAUCAGCGCUGAGCAUGGGCUUGGUGUAGCGAAGAGGGAAUAUGUACAGUAUUCCAGAGGCGAGACCGAACUGGGUAUCAUGAGGAGUUUGAAGAAUCAUUUCGAUCCGGUAUGGCCAGCGCCCGUCCCCAUAAGAGCAUCGUGUUGCUAA